AUGAAUGAUUUUGGUUACGGAAGACGGAAAGCGAGUAACGACUGCCGCGGUAACAUACGAGAUGAACAGGAGGAGAUGGAGAAUCGAGGCAGAAACGGGGACACGAGGCCUGCGACUCUUAAACGAUUGGACAGCAUUCAGGAUCCGGGGAAGAGAUACGCGUUGAAGGAUCGCAUCGGUGUCGGCGUGUGCGGCGAUGUCUACGAGGGGAUCGACCAACAAGCUGGAAACAAAAAGGUCGCCAUUAAGAUCCAAGUACUUACGUCGGAGACACAGUCUUUAAUUGUGGAAGAAUAUCGUAUUCUUCGUGAUUUCGCCGGCCAUCCGAAUCUGCCGGACUUCUACGGGAUAUACCGCAGACGGUCCUCGAAAAAAUCCAACCACGACGAAAUAUGGUUCGUUAUGGAGCUGUGCGAGGGUGGAACGGUCAUGGAUCUGGUCCGCGGGAUGAUCGCGAGAGACAAGAGAAUGCAGGAGGAGCACAUCGCUUACAUCCUGAAAGAGGUGAUCAAGGCUUUAAUUCACCUGCAUGAGCACAACGUCAUCCACAGAGACAUUCGUGGCAACAACAUCAUUCUGACGAAGGAAGGCGAAGUGAAGUUGGUAGACUUCGGGCUCUCUAGGACGCUAAAGAACGAGCUAGAGAGACGAUAUACGUGCAUAGGAUCGCCGUCCUGGAUGGCGCCGGAACUCAUCGCCGGCAAGGGCAACAGAACCGACAGCGGAUACGACAGUCGGGUCGACAUAUGGGCGAUCGGCAUCACGGCAAUAGAACUGGCCGACGGCAAGGCGCCCUUCCAGGACAUGCAUCCGACACGAGCGCUCUUCCAGAUCGUCCGGAAUCCACCGCCGACGCUCUACCGACCUGCCAACUGGUCGGGCAAUCUCAACGACUUCAUCUCCGAAUGCUUGGAGAAGAAUCCUGAGAACAGACCGUACAUGAUGGAGAUCAUCGAGCAUCCCUUCUUGUCGGAGUUGCCUGAGAACGAUUACCCGUUGACGCAAGAGAUCAAAGCGCUAACGAUGGACGUUUCGGAGAAGGGCAAGGAAGGAAGGAAAACGGAGUCAAUAGUACAUAAAGGCUUCUUGAAGACUCGUCAAGAAGAACCACCAGAGCGAAUGCUCACGGAAGAUCUCGCAGCGCUCGACAUCCUAACCGAAGACGUGAUCCUGGAUGAACUCCGCGAAAGACUACAGCGAGGUGAAUAUCACACAUUCAUCGGUGACGUUCUACUGAUACUCAACCCGAACAAGCAACACGAUAUCUAUGAUGCUCAUUAUCACGCAAAGUAUCAGUGCAAAUCGCGAUCGGACAAUGCUCCGCACAUCUAUUCUGUGGCGGACAGCGCGUUCCAGGACGUGAUGCAUAAUGAAGAGCCGCAACACAUUUUGUUGGCUGGUGAGAGCAACUCCGGAAAAACGACGAAUAUGUUGCAUCUAGUGAAGCACCUCGCGUUUCUCGGGAAAGGUAUGCACGACACCGGAAUGAAAAUAAUGCGGUCUAUAAAAAUAAUUCAUGCGUUUACAAACGCGUCGACACCGCUGAAUGCUAACUCCACCAGAUGCAUCAUGCAAGUGCAGACGACUUUUGGCUCGACCGCAAAAGUGUCGGGUGCGAUAUUCUGGUUAUAUCAAUUGGAAAAGUGGCGUGUCUCUACUCGCGACAGAAAUCAAUCAAACUUCCACGCCUUUUAUUAUUUCUACGACGGCCUGGAAGCGUCGGAAAAAUUAAAGGAAUAUUAUCUAUCAAGCGGAAGAAGACUUCGAUACCUCAGAAUAACCGACAAGAGCGCCGAGAAGAAACGAGCGUUCAAAGUACGAAACGAGCCACAGAAUAACGCGCUCAAAUUCGAGAAACUUAUAGAGGAUCUCAAGUUUAUGGAUAUGGAAGAGUAUUGCGAGAUUAUCUGGAAAAUCCUCGCAGCCAUUCUGCUUCUCGGAGAGAUUCGAUUCGUCGAGGGCAAUAACGGGGAAGCUGAAUUGGACAACAACGAAGUCGCUAACAGAGUGGCGGAGCUUCUUGGUCUAGACUCGAAAAAAUUUAUUUGGGCUCUUGUUAAUUACUGCUUAAUCGUGAAAGGAUCGGCAGUGCGCAGAAAACAUACUCGUGAAGAAGCGAAGGAGGCACGGGACGUCUUGGCGAAUACUCUUUAUCAGCGUUUGGUGGACUGGAUAGUCAAUAGCAUCAACUAUAAACUCGCAAUGACUCGUAGCCUUUAUGGCGAUAAAUAUUCCAUCAGCAUCCUCGAUCUCUUUGGAUUCGAGUGCUUCUCGGUGAAUCGACUGGAACAACUGGUGGUGAAUACGAUGAACGAGCAAAUGCAAUACCAUUACAAUCAAAGAGUAUUCGCCUGGGAAAUGCAAGAGCAGGAAGAGGAAGACAUACCCAUACAACGUUUGCGCUUCUACGACAACAAGGAAGCGAUCGAUCAAUUGAUGGGCAAGGAGAACGGGCUCUUUCACAUCAUCGACGUCGCUUCGCGGCAACUGCAGGACGCUCAAUACAUCCUCGAGAGAAUCAAGGAGCGUAAGCGCGGCGUUCACGUAAGACCAGUAAGCUCGCACGAGUUUACGGUCGCCCAUUACACUGGAAAGUUGAUAUAUGAUGCCAGUGAGAUCGCCAGUAAAAAUCGGGAUUUUGUACCACCAGAGAUGAUCGGCACGAUGAGAUUCUCGUCGUACGAUGCGGUCAAGCAAAUGUUCACUAACAAGCUCACCAAGUCAGGCAAUCUGACAAUCGUUCACGAGCAUCGCGCUGCGACAGAGAAAACAUCGAGAAAUAAGUGGGGUGCUCUUAUGCAGGAAUCUUCGAAUCUUCGAAAAUACAAUACUGCAUCCAGAGGACAGUACUCGCAGACGCGGAAGAUGCGAACGAGCUCGUCGACAUUCAGAACUACGAGUCUCGAGAUUCUGAAAAAUCUCGCGGUAGGAAGCGGUGGCAUGCAUUUCAUUAGAUGCAUACGCUCCGAUCUCGAGGACGUUCCUCAUGGCUUCUAUCGCGAGGUCGUCAAACAGCAGAUCAGAGCGCUGGCGGUUCUGGAUACAGCAAAAGCCAGGCAACGCGGUUACCCAUAUAGGAUAUCUUUUCAAGAAUUCAUACGAAGGUAUAAGUUUCUAGCCUUUGAUUUCAACGAGACGGUCGAGAUGACGAAGGACAAUUGUCGGCUGCUUCUGAUCAGAUUGAAAAUGGAAGGCUGGAUCAUCGGUAAGACCAAGGUGUUCUUGAAGUACUACAAUGAGGAAUAUUUAUCACAUUUAUACGAGACACAAGUGAGAAAGAUUGUAAAAGUGCAGUGCAUGAUGCGUGCUUUCCUAGCGCGCAAGAACAUCGCCUCAAAGAUCACUAACGUUAAGAAAGAAAUAGUGAAGAAAGCGUCAAUCAAGAGAAAAGACUCGACACUCACGGAGGAUAAAGCGGCAGUAAUGAUACAGAAAGCGUACAGAGGACACAUGGUGAGAAAAGAAAUAGGCCCGUUAAUCAAAGGAGAAAUGGACCAAGAGACGAAGGAUUUCAUCAAGUUUUACAGCAGUAAAUGGAGAUCGAAGAGUAUAUUCCAAGUUCUCCUACGAUAUCGUGCAGCCCGUUAUCAAGACCUCGUGCAAUUAUCCCAACAGGUUCACCUGUACAAUCAAUCGCUAGUGGCAGCUUUAAAGAGCGCGAAUGAACGGGUGUCUCUCGAGAAAGUCGACCCAGGCGCUAAGGUAGACGCUUACAUAAGCGAGGUGAAACCUCCCCAGGUCCACAAACUACCCUUCAACAUGCAACAAGAGCUACCGUACUUCGAUACGAGCUACAUGAACGAUCCUUCGAGCGCGAAAAUGAAACGCACAGGAUCUAUAUCGUCCACGAUGAGCGAUGAUGAGCACGAGCCGUGGGACGCACCUUUGCGCAGGCAAACCGUUCCAUGGGCAAACAACAACGUUCAUACGAGAGAUGCCCAGGUGCAAACGACCAAUUCGCCCCAUCAUGUGUCUCUUCAUCGCACGUCGGUCGGCGGGGAGCAAAGCUUGAUCAAUACUCCGUUCACCAGAGAUCCCAAUGUCCCGAUUCAAUGUCCACCGGAGGAUACGUCCCGCCGCAAUAGCACUCUCGGUUAUCAGCCGCUUUUGAACAAACGCGGCUCCACACAACUCUCUCAUAUUUCUGAUUCUCAUAUUUCUUAUUCUAAUAACAUCAAUAGCGUUGGAUCAUUACAUUCCAAGAAAAUAUUGCCACCAUCGAUCCCGUUCAAUCAAGCGCAAUCCUUGGCAAUGCGUAAUUUCAACAACUACGAGUCGGACAUUCAAAACAAAAACAACACGGACAACGGAAUGACCGGCUGGGAUUUCGAGGAUCAAAUCAAUCGCAAUAUCGGCAAUAAUAUUCGCGUGAAUCCCAUCAAGGAACUGGAGAUGAUCGGGCGCAGAAGUAACAAUGACGAGAACGACGACGCACCUCCGUUCAACUUUCAGGCGAUGCUACGAAAGACUCCUCACCACCGAGCCUCAAUGAAACGCAAUCCCGUAUACGAGAGCGUCACAUCAUCGUCGAUGCCGCAGCAUUAUCGUCUUAGCAACGAAGAUGACCCGUGCGACUCGAGUAUCGUCUGCAAAAGCGCUGGCAGUCGUAAGGACUCGCCUGAAUGGAGCCCGAACGAGAUGAUCCUCAUGUCAGAGAAGUACGCGAAGCAGGAUGCGUGGGACGCGGAAUGCGCCACCGACGGUGACAGCGUCACUACAGAGAUUGCACCGGGCAUUGUUGUAAAAGGCCAUGUGGCUGAACUAUAAAGCAUUCGUCCAGAGAUCAGUGUUGUGUCGCGAAGAUCAGUUAACUCCAACUAUGCUCGUUUAUUGAACGUUCUCUCUAUGUCUGCCGUAUCUCAGAUUAUCACCUGGGAAAGGAAAGAUCGUUGAUUAGAAUUUAUCGAAAAUUUCCAAUGCAAAUGAUUCUUAGUAAAAUUGUCAGUUUUAUCUACUAAUCGAUCAUUAAAACGAAUGUUGAAUUCUAAAUUGUAUGACGAAGAAACAUUAACCAGGAAAUACAUAAUUAUCGAUAAAGUAAUUCUGAUGGAAUAGAGAAUGUGAAAUGAGUAAUUUUCCUUAUUAAUAUGAAAGAAAUGAUAGAUAUCCUAAGAAUAAACUUGUCUGUCAUAAUCUAAAUGUAAUAGAUAAAAGUAAAAUGAUAUUAUUAGCAUCAACAUUAGCAACAAAUAAAUAUGCACGACUAAGUUCACAAACACGUUAUAAUUAAUAUAAAUAUAGAUAUAUUUCUCUUCGUAAAAAUGA